AUGGACAAAAGUCAACAUUUAAAAUCAACUGCUAGUGGAUCAUCUUCUCCGUCCACAAUAAGUAAAUCCAACAAAUCAUCAUUAACAACAGGUAGAACUGCAGUACUUCCUCAAUCUGCUCGUCGAAUUAUACAAAAUUUUCGUCUUGUUUGGCUUGAUGCCAAUAUCGAUGAAUCAAAAGACGAUUAUAAAAACUCAAUACAACAUUUAGGAAAUAUUGUAACAAUAGUCACCACAUUUACCGACAUUGAUGAAUGUAUUGAUUUUCUAAGUGAUAUCGAAAAUGAAAAAGUAUUCAUGAUUGUUUCUGGUGCCCUAGGACAACAUCUAAUACCGAGAAUUCAAGAAUGCUCACAAUUAGUCUCAAUUUAUGUUUUCUGUGAAAAUCAAUCAAUUCAUGAACAAUGGACCAAAAAAAUGGCUAAAGUAAAAGGUGUAUAUAGACAAAUUGAACAGAUUUGUGACGCAUUACAAAUCGAUAGUAGAAACUGUGAUCAAGAUAUGAUCUCAAUCAGUUUUAAUCGUAUUGAUCCGUUAUUUAUGUAUACACAAUUGUUAAAAGAAGCACUUUUGGAGAUAGAAGAUGAUGAUGCAAAAUCGAUGAAAGAACUCGUUGAAUACUGUCGUCUUCAAAGUGAUGCUUCUGAAAAAACACUUAAAAAGAUUGAAGAAGAAUAUCAUAAUCAUUUAUCCAUUUGGUGGUACACGGGUCCAUUUUUUAUUUACUCAAUGCUCAAUCGUGGUCUUCGAUUAAUGGAUGUCGACAUUAUUCUUAAAAUGGGCUUUUUCAUCCGUCAUUUACAUCAACAUAUUACAGAAUUACACCGUGAACAACAAGACAAAAUACCAGCAAAAUUUCAAGUCUUUCGUGGACAAAGUUUGUCCAUGGAAGACUUUGAAAAAAUGAAAAAAACCAAAGGAGGACUUAUGUCCUUUAAUAACUUCCUCUCAACAAGUCGUGAUCGUGAAAUUUCUCUGGAAAGUUUUGCACGACCAGCAGCAUUUAAUCCAAACUUAGUUGGCAUUCUCUUCAUUAUGCACAUUGACAUGGCUAUUUGCGAGAAAUCAUCAACACCAUUUGCUGAACUAAGCAAAGUUGGCUACUACGAAGACCAAGAAGAAGAAAUACUUUUUACAACACAUACAAUUUUUCGUAUUGAUGACAUCGAACGAAUUGAAGAUGAGUAUACUGAUCGUUUAUGGAAAGUUACUCUCACUGUUGUGGGUAAUGACAGUCACGAGUUGAACACACUUACAGCACACUUACGUAAGAAACUUGGCGAAAGGACAGGAUGGUCUCGAUUGGGUCUUAUACUUAUAAAAGUAGGCGAGUCUGCAAAAGCAGAACAACUCUAUAGAAUACUACUAGAAAAGACGUCUUCUGAUGAAGAUCGAGCUGAAUAUAAUUAUCAACUUGGUUGGAUAUAUGAUGAAAUGGGUGAGUAUUCAAAAGCAAUUUCAUAUUACGAAAAAUCAUUGGCUAUCGACGAGAAACGUCUUCCUCCGAAUCAUUUCAACUUGGCUUCUUCCUACAACAACAUCGGUGCAGUGUAUUAUAAUACGGGCGAGUAUUCGAAAGCACUUUCAUCGCACGAACGAGCACUUGAAAUCCGAAAAAUAGCUCUCCCUCCGAAUCAUCCCUCAUUGGCUAUGUCCUACAAUAACAUCGGUAAUGUGUAUUAUAACAUGGGCGAGAACUCAAAAGCACUUUCAUCAUACGAACAAGCACUUGAAAUUCGAAAAAUAGCUCUCCCUCCGAAUCAUCCCGACUUCGCUGAAUCCUACAACAACAUUGGUAAUGUGUAUUAUAACAUGGGUGAGUACUCAAAAGCACUUUCAUCGCACGAACGAGCACUUGAAAUCAAGAAAAUAGUUCUUCCUCCGAAUCAUCCCGACUUGGCUUAUUCCUACGGAAACAUCGGUAAUGUGUAUUACAACAUGGGCGAGUAUUCGAAAGCACUUUUAUCCCACGAACGAGUACUUGAAAUCCAGAAAAAAGCUCUUCCUCCGAAUCAUCCCAACGUAGCUUCUUCAUACACCAACAUCGGCGCAGCGUAUUAUAAAAUGGGCGAGUACUCGAAGGCACUUUCAUCGCACGAACGAGCACUUGAAAUCCAGGAAAUAGCUCUCCCUUCGAAUCAUCCCUCCUUGGCUUCUUCCUACAACAACAUGGGCACUGUGUGCUAUAACAUGGGCGAGUACUCGAAAGCAUUGUCAUUUUUUGAGAAAACACGCAAUAUCUUCGAAAAGUCACUGCCUUCCAAUCAUCCACAUAUUGCUGUGGUGAAAAGAAACAUUGAAAAUGUAAAAAAGAAAAUAUAAUUUUUUUGUUCUUCUGAAAAGAGAAAAUAAAUUGGCCUUCUUAAAACUUGGCUCGCCGAAGCGAAGCAGUUGCAAAAUUUCGCGUACACGCGACCCGAAUACCCUCCGUAUUCUCUUGGCUCGUACAGUGGACAAAGCUAGUGAUGGUUAGACAAACAUCUACUUAUGUUUUUUAUGAAGGCCUACCAUGUGAGCGUGAGUGUGGGUGUUUUUUUUAUGCAUACAAUGUGGAGAUGAAUAUCAAUGUUUAAUUUUAAAAAUAUCUCAUAAGAAAAAAAGAUGGUAUUUGUUUGACAUUAUCUUGUUCAAGAUGUAACCGAAGAAUGUAGAAUGCAAUGUGAGUUUUAGCUUUAUUCUAGAUAAAAAGAGUCUUAUUCCGUUAUAUAAAACUAUUGUAUCGAUUAUAAUCGGAAUUAAUACUUGUAAUCAUUAGAGGGACUAUUUUUUAUAAUUAUCCACCUUUCAGUCUACACAGUACGACAAAAAAGUUAAUGAUAUAAAAAAGAAAAGAGGUUAAUAAAAUAUAGACUACUUGUCGUAUUUAUAGAAAUCAAAUAAAAACUAGAGAAUAUUUUCAUCAUGAAAAAAUCUUUUUUAUUUAUGAUAAUUUAAAUGGAUAUGUUGUGAUGAAACAUUCACAAUGGGACAUACAGGUGGUUGUAAACGAGGCAAGCAUGGAUUUUCUCUCAAUGGUAAUGAUUCAUCGAGUCGACAACUAAUGAAUGGUAAUAGCAAUCGAUUGAAUCAGGCUACGAUUGAACAAUGGGAAGAUGCUUGCCACACCAAUGAAGAGUACAAUGAAAAACGGCUGAUACUGGCUAAAGAAUAUUAAUUUUAUUUUUUCCAAAAGAUC